AGCGCCGCCCCGCGGCUGGAGGACUCGGCAUCGCAUCCUGCUUUGGUGGCUCUGAAGCGGAUCUACUGAUGGAAACAGCGAGUUGAGAGAAACCGCUCCGUCGGUUGAUGAGACGGUCAUUCCUGUGUCAGUAACGCCGUGUUCGGCGUUAGUUUGUCCCGCGAGGAGGGAGCCUACCGGUCUGCACUGGAGCCGGCCAUUCAGCGCCGCGGCCUGUCCGAGGGAGUGGGGCCUCGAUUUGGUGUGGAGCUGCAGCCCAGCGUCCACGGCUGUGAGCGGACGGAGGCUGCAAACCUGGAGCAGAACUGUGCUGUUCCAAGGUUAGCUGAGGAUAGGUGUUUGACUCCAGAGUCUUCGGUUUCAGUGGAGGACAUUGAAUUGGUUUCUCAAAACAUAAACAGUACACAAUAAUGGACAGUCAUCAAAGGUAUUCCGGAGAGAUGUUUAACCGACAUGUUCUCCAUGACGAUAAGUCUGUGGUGAGCCAGAUGCAGAAGAAAUACUGGAAGACAAAGCAGGUGCUCAUCAAAGCAACAGGGAAGAAAGAGGACGAGCAUGUGGUGGCGUCUGACGCAGAUUUGGAUGCAAAGUUGGAGGUUUUCCAUAUUAUACAGACAUCAUGCAUAGACCUUCUGAAGGUGAUUGAGAAAUAUCAGCAGAGACUCAACACUCUAUCCCAGGAAGAAAAUGAACUGGGCAUGUUCCUGAAGGGGCAGAGUGAACAGGAUAAAACCCCAGCUGGGAGGAUGAUGAAUGCUACCAGUAAGGCCUUGUGUGGUUCUGCAAAGCAAAGAUUAGCGUUGCGUGUUCCCCUAUUCCGACUGGAGCAGGAAGUAGAAACGUUCCGGCGCCGAGCAGUCUCCGACACACUUCUCACUGUGAAUCGAAUGGAACAGUCUCGAACAGAGUACAGGGGGGCGCUGCUCUGGAUGAAGGAUGUCUCUCAGGAGUUGGAUCCUGACACAUACAAGCAGAUGGAGAAGUUCAGGAAGGUCCAGGUUCAAGUGCGGAAUACCAAAGCUCACUUUGACAAAUUAAAGAAUGACGUCUGUCAGAAAGUGGACUUACUCGGAGCCAGCCGUUGCAAUCUGCUCUCCCAGUCACUUGUUGCUUACCAGAAUACACUGCUUCACUUCUGGGAGAGGACUGCCCACGUGAUGUCUCAGAUUCAUGAGAGUUUCAAGGGCCAUCAGCCAUACAAAUUUACCACACUGAAGAGCUUGCAGGACCCAUUUAAUCAUCUGACUGAGGAGGAGCUUAACCAGAGUAAGGAAAAAGAGAAGGAAUGCAUAACUGAUGACUUAGACAAGUUGGUGCUCCUGGAUGAAGAUGAAGAACUUGGACCUGGUGCAGGGGGUCAGAGUGAAGCACCAGUAAAUACCUCUGGCCAAGAUGCCACACAGCUAGCUGCAGAGCUGGAUCCAUCUAGCAACACACCGCAAUUCUACGAGAUGGUGCCAAAAGACCUUCUGCCCGACAUGUUGGAAAGUGAGAAUCUAGAGAAGCACGAGUUGACCUUUUUGAGUGACCUGUUGAACCCUAAACCCAGUGCACCCAGUUACUUCAGCCAUGAGUGGCAGUGUACAUUUGGAAACUCGGGGCUCAGUCCAGGGCCUAUGACUGAAGCUCUCAAACCCAAACUGGCUGAUGCUCCAACCGGUUUCCUGCCAUCUCAGCUUUUCGACCUCAGCCAUGACCCAGCAGGAGCUUUUAUCGGUUGGACAGAUCCGCCCAAAUCACAGCCAGCACCAAUGCUAGUCCCACAACAUCCAGGGCCAAAAGUUCCAGUAAAUCUCCCUCAGACCUUACCAAAGGCCCCAUCCAAAGCUGCUAAGGGCAACACUCAGGACAAAUCAGCCUGGUUCAAUCUGUUUGCAGACCUGGAUCCUCUCUCUAAUCCUGAUGCCAUAGGUCGAACAGAUGAGGAACUCCUUAAUGCUUGAAGCUGGGGAAAUAGAGAGAAGGAAGGAUGUCACUAAGUUAUAUACUACACAAAUGUCUAACUCCUGCAAUUUUAUAAAUAUAUAUAUAUAAUAUAUAUAUUUACUAAAACACUAGGUUACUAUCUCUUAAGCUACAGAAUUAUAAAAAGUUAAAGGGGGAGGUGGUGGUUAAAUGGAAUGUUACAAAACCAUUAAGCUCCUGGGAUGUGGUGUUGGUGACGCCAAUUUCCUGUUUAAUUUCUCAAGUUCAGGCAUUGCUACUGCAAUCCUGGUUGUUAAUUACUGGGUAUUUAGCUAUUUACAGACAGCACUAAAGAGGGGUCACCUGGUUCUCCACAGAUCCUGAGCUGUGGGAUAGGGCCACACACUUGCUGUAGAAGCUGCGCUGACACAAAAAAAGCUCAGGAUAAUCUGCUUGUUGCGUUAGGGACCACACGAUAUGUGGAUCAACUCAAUAUAGAUGGUAAUAAAAAGGUCAUUGUCAUUGCAGUUUUGCUUUAGACUGUUUUGCAGCAGCAUCUUAUCAGUUACAACAAAGUUUCUUUCAUAAACAAGAAGUUUGGGAUAAUGGCCAUUUAAAAAAAAUUGAAAAUGUACUUUGAAUGUACAAUUAAUGGUUAAUGUCUGUCUGAGUUUAAUUAUUUACUUUUUAUGGUUGGACAAGUUUUAAAAUGUACUAGAGAAGUAAAUGGAAUUUGUUUUAUGUGAUAUUUAUAAGCUACACGGUGUCUAGAAUGGACCAAGUUCUUUGUUCCUAGACACGAGCAGCAGUCUCUCUCUUUUUGAUUCAUUUUCUUGCAGUGGGAGAAGUGUGCUGCUUUUAACUCCACAUCCAAAACAUUGCACUAUAUUUGGAAAGGUGAAGUACCUGCUAUUUGUAAUUUUAGCAAAAGCUUCCCUGUGGCGCUUGGGCCGAGUUUAUCGCUGAAGUUACGGGCAGCAGAAAUGAUUCCUUCUUUCAAUGCCUUUUGCGGACCUUCUAAAGAGGACCUGUGACUUGAAUGAGCUAGCCCUUCCUCUUCAGCUGGGAGGAUGUAUGUGCUGAAAUAGUCACUCUAAUCAUACACAAGUUAGGGAGGUGAGGGGAGUUAGAGUGGGUGGUGAGGAAAAAAAAAAACUAAGCCUUCCUGGUAGUUAAAAAUUACAUCUUUAACUGUGGCCUUAGAAAGCAGGAAAUACAAUGAUUUCCUACGUGGUGCUAGCCUGAAAAAUAACAAGUCUGACACUAAAGCAAGCAUGUUUCAUCUGGACCUUAGUGCCAUUGGGCUAGUGAGUUGGCAAUCAGCCAGGGUUUCUCCUCCUCCAGCACACUGCCUGGCAAAACCUGCUAGAAACUGAUUGUCAGCAAAAAUCCAUUCCAAUCAAGUAGCCUGAUGAUCAGUUUUGCCUUUGAAGAAUGGGGAGAUACGGGGGGCAGUGUCCAGUGCCUGUGGAACUGAAGCACUGAGCCAAGAUCUAGGAGGUGCAAUAUCCAGCAGUUUUUGUUUUCACUUAUCCCUCAGGAACUCGCUGAACUUCAUUGACAUCUUACCUUAUGGACUGUGAAAGCCUUUAACUAGCUGAGAUGCUGAAUGGCAUUCCCAGGCUCCCCAUUAUGUGCUAUACCAUCAGCAGGAGGUAAAAGAUUGAAGCUUGAGUUGGACAGAUGGCACUGUCAACUAGUUAGAAUUUACCAUAUUAUAGUUCAGAAAUGUAAGCUGAGAGGAGAGUACUGCUGGGGAAAGUCUAGAACAAGCUGUAUUUUGAACAGAAUAUGUGUUGAUCUUAUGGAAAAAAAUGAAGAAAUAAGAAAAGAAAAAAAUUAUUAAAUUCUGUGCUGUUAAGUUACAACUAUUGAGUUGGAAAAUAUUUCUCCUGUAACGAAGUGCACUCUUGAACAGAACAUCCCUAUAAAGAGAAACUGUUACCUUGACAAACAUUGGAAUUAAACACUGCCUCAUUCCACACAAUACAGUAACACUCAAUUUAAAACUUGGAACAAUGAACUAGUCAAUUUAUGAUGUAAAAUUGAGCCGUACAGACCAACAGAUCCCUGUAAAUUCUGGUCUGGCUGUGUUAUCGGAGUUUGGCCAGGUUUCUGAUUACAUAAGUGCGUGUAUAAAAAUGGAGUUAUAUUUGAUUGCAACUCUCUGGGUAGUGUGAUCUUGCCCCAUCCAGCAAAACUGUAUGUCCAUCCAUAACCUGCCAGUUACAGAACUGACCAGAGUGUAUGGGAUAAGAUGCAAUGUACAUACAAAGAUUACAUACAAACCUCAGCUAAAAGUCAGAAUCAUACGUGUGUGCGCGCGCGCAGAUCACUUCUCAGCUGUCAUGACAUCUGCUCUAGACUGAUAAAUGAGGAACGGCUUCUUGGGUGAGUUACAAGAAGGAACCUAAUCCCAAUUAAACUGUGUCUCAGCAAAAACAGGACCAAGGGAAAAAAUCUAGUUACAAAGAACACGACCCGUAGUCCCUAAAAUAAACCUUAUACUAUAAACCAAAGAAUCGGUAAUUAAGUGACCAUCAUGUCAGCUUUAAAAUCUGUAUCUCACUACUCAUUACCAUUCACUGGUUUAUUAUGUAAAACAAAAACAAAACAGACAAAUGCAAAGAACCUCCCUAUUUUGUGACAUUUGGAAUAUGCUUCAUGUGGUAAAGCAGUUUGGUGUCUGUGGACCAGCCAUUAUGAAAAGUGGAUGAGCCUUCUGAUAGUCUCCCCAACUGCCCUAAAGACUGGAACACUCAGCCCACUGUAAUGCUGGAAACGUUUAAAAAGCUAUACUAUAAAAAAUAAUUCAAUUCACUGGAUUAAUCUAAAGGGCGUAGUACGAACCCUGCGCAUGCCUGUUCGUAUCAUACUUUUCUAAAGUUAAUGUACAUAAAAUGUAAACUCUGCUCUCCACAGACAAACUGCAGUCUCUUUCCAUCAUUUUUUUUGUUAGUGGCAUUGCCACGUUUGUUUCCCACUCUGUUAGUUGAUCUUGAUUGUGGCCUGUAAACUGUCCAUUAACUGGGAAGUGGAGAUCAGUACAAUACACCCCUGCUCCUAUCCCAACCCACAUAAGGGAAUCUGCUAGCCCACUAUUCAGGCUCACGUGAACAGUAGUGACUUGAGUGAAAUGUUAGUACCCAUUGAACCUUAAAUAAGCAUGUCAACAGUUGGCAGGAGAGGAUUAAAAGGGUGUGCAUUGCCAAAUAGAUACAUAGGGCACUUCUAAUCCAUUAGUAUUUAUACAUCUAAAUACUAUGUAAAAUUACACAUUAAUUCCAUUGAUCUUUACCCACCAACCAUUUGCAAUAAUUAACAUCCCUAUUAAGAGAUUGUCAGUGGCUGCUCCAGAAUUGCACCCAAUCAAAUCCAUAUCAAUAAUACUAAUUGCAUAUGUGGGAAAUGCAGUUUGCAUGGACUAUGUAAGCUUGUUUCACUAAGGGAGGGUUAUGUUGCAAUCACAUAGUGUAAUUUCACAUAGAAGGAAUAUCACUGAAGUUUAUUGACACUGCAAACAAAAAAUGUUUUGUCAAAAAAGAUGUAGGAUUUAAGCUUCUGCACUGGUUGAGUGCUUGUAUUUUCUAUUGAAUGGUUGUCUGGAAACUGCCUCUUCUAUUAAAAAGUAAUUUCUCAA